AGCCGAAACACAAAGCUUAAAGGACAGCAAUCCCAGCUAGAGAGCAAGGGCCACCCGUCCUACAGUACCCACCUGUGUCACUACGCGCUCCCUGCGGCACAAUCGAUCGCGCGACUCUCACGGCCGACGACAUCUCCUUCACCACCUAUAUACCCUGCGCCCGUCUCCCGUAUUGCAAUUGAAGCGACGUCCCGCCCGCCCGCCAUGUUCGCGUUCCUCCGACCGGCCCACCCGCCGAGGACCAACAGCGCGACCAAGAACCCCAUCAUGUACGAGGACGGCCGCGCGUCCGUCACCUUUGCCGCGCCGGGCUCCAAGUACAUCAUGACGCACCGCCUGCCGCCGACGACCAAGGCCCACGGGACGUCCAUCAUCGAGCCCCCCUUCCACUACCACAUCCACCAGGACGAGUUCUUCCAGGUGCAGUCCGGCCGGGGCAAUUUCUACCGCGGCCUGGCCUCGGAGCCGUUUGCGACCCUCUCCGCCGCGCCCGGCGCGCAGUCCAAGGCGUCGGUCGAGGCGGGGCGGUAUCACCGCUUCGAGAACGCGAGCGACGUCGAGGACCUGGUUGUGGAUAUACACCUCACGCCCGAGUCGUACGAGAGCGAGCAGUGCUUUUUUAGGAACUUCUUUGGGUAUCUGGACGACUGCAAGACGGCCGGCACUGCGCCGAGCUUCUUCCAGCUCAUGGUGUUUCUGCACGCGGCUGACACCCCGCUCGCGGUGCCCAUCCCGCCAGAGUGGCUUGGCAAGGUCCUGAGUCGCUUGCUGCUUUGGGGCGCGGCGUACUGGGGGCGGUAUGUGCUGGGCUACAAGACGUGCUAUCCGGAGUACUAUGAGGAUUCCAAGUCCAGGUGAGGUUAAUAUUGGUUUGGGCCCGGAGCUAUUGUCAAAUCCUGUCACAACGCGCCAUGUCCAUAGUUCGCAGAUCAAAAGUCCCGAGCCACAAACUGUGCCGUUGUCCUCAAAUGUCACUCGACUCUGAACAAAGGC